AUGCAACGACUGCCCAUAGAGAUCAUGACUUAUAUUGCCAACUCUUUAGAUUUGCAUGACAUUUUCAAUUUAGGUACAACAUGUCGCCAGUUCCUGUAUCUCACCACAAAUGAGGACAUAUGCAGAACGGCACUUGAGGCUCAUGCUUCAUACUCAGCUGAGCUCCAAGCCGCAUGUUCAACCAGACAAUAUGCCCGCUGCUUGCGCCGACUAGUGAAAAUUCGAGACGCUAUCGCCACAGCCUCGCCCUACACUGCAGCGCUUGUAGCCUGCGCCGAUGACUUUAUUUACUGCAACGGCAUGCUAUGCUAUACCGAUGGUUAUGAGUCGCUCCGCCUCCUCGACCUACAUAGGUCCGCUGCUGCAGAAGUUGUUAUCGAUACACGCGCUUUGCUCCAGUCCGUCCCAGAAGAAAACCUUGGGCAAAGCAAAUAUAAGUUUCGGCCAGUAUACUACGCCAAUGGGAUUGUAUCUUGCGUCUAUAUUCCUCCAAAAAUCGAAGGCCGUAGUCGGCUUGUCGUAGUGGAUGUGGAAAAUAAAGAACUUCUGACUUGUUAUCGUCUCGAGUCAUCCCACAAGCUAUUCGUACGUAAUAACCAGCACUAUCUCUACUAUGGAACUCAUUCUACGACGGGCGAUGAUGGCUUUAAAAGAUGGGCUUUGAAACAGUUCAAUAUUCGAGACAGGCAAUGGGGGGCUAGUCGCUUAGAUCUUGAACAUCUGGUUGGCUCCGAUAUGGGGGCUACCGUCUGUUUUGAAAUAAUCGACGAUUAUUUUUACGCUCUGUCUAGUUUGACAAGCUUCGAGGUUUAUGAGACUGACUGGACUUCACACUACUAUGGCUUCCGUCUUCCACUCGGGAGCUUACAUUCACGAGACAUGCAGACGACGUCGAAGCACAGUAUGUGGCGUCGUCAACAUGAAGAGGGUCCCAUCGACGACAGAUGGAGCACACUAAAUCUCGAAAAGAAUGCAGCAAAUGGAAGGCUUAUGGUUGUGGAAUGCCGACGAGAAUGGCUUGUCGACGAUUCCUCGAGUACGCGAACUAGUUAUCGAACGGAACUCAAAUUUCUCAAUAAAGACGAAGUUGUUGAUGCCACUUCGGACUUUGAAAGUGAGUUGGAUGAUAUGGAGCCCUCGUUAGACCCUGAUUGCCUAGCGACCAGGCUAUCUCCAACGAAGCACCGACGCGAUCCACUGCAGGUCCAUAGAGGUGAUAGUGGUUCAACCGUCCCAGCAAUCACUCUUACCCACUGCUUUAUGCGUUCCUAUCAACAGUCUUGCGAAACAUUCAUUGACCUAGUCAAUGAACCUGCAGCUACAGAUUUGAUGACUCAGAGGCCACAGCUCCGGUCAAUAUCCCGACCUCGCCUAGCUGGGCCUUCUGGGCGUCGAGAGCACCUACCUGAUGACCAGAACCAGGGAAACAGUCAGCCUCAUGGCACUAACAAAACCUUUUGGUGGCUACCGGAAACUGAUGGAAACCAGCGCAACGAGCACCUCGAUAUACUAGACAACAUCCUUAACCCUAUGGGCAAAAACCACUACGGUAGCAUCUCGGGGGUAAUGGACGACCGCUCCAUGGUCUACGCUGUUGGACAGCAGAGUUCUCCUAGCAAACGUCCCCUAGUUUUCAUCUCGUUCGACCCUGCUAUCAGGCUUGAGGGACUUAGAUCCUGGCCUGGCGGACCAACAGCAUCCUUCAGUAAAGCAAAACACUUCCCUGGGGAAUCGAAAAAGAUAGGCCCCUAUCCCACCCCGCAGUCCAUGUCGCCCUCAGCACCAGCCUCGAGAAACCGCUCUUUCAGUGAGGGGUGCGUCCCUGAACCAGUACAACAAACAACAGAACCCGAACCUGAGGCUCUGGUUUGGGGAAGGGUAACCUCAGCGACGUACCUGGAAACCCUACGUACUAUUGGGACGCCUAUUGGAUUUAAUUUUGCAUAUUGCGGAGACCGUUGGGGGGGCCUUGCCGGUGUUGCUGAUCAGACAGCCGACGGUUGCGUUCUCGACAUAUGGUCAGAAGGUCUAGACACUCCAACCGCACUUACCACGGGGCCAGCCCUUACCCCAGCAGCUUCGAUCGGGCUGCCAAAGCGAGAGUGCUAG